AAUUUGAUAAUCCAGAAGUAAUAUUACUCACAGAACAAGUACAACGAAUGACAGUUGUAGCGAAACAUGAAGAACCACAAAAUAAACAAGAAAAGAAACUAAAUCAACUCUAUCUAGAAGCUGCACAAAGAGAAAUAAAUCAAUUUAGAGAACAAAAGGAAGCAAAACAACAAACUAAUAAACAUAUUCAAGAAAUUGAAAGAGUUACAAACAGAAAAAUAUUAGAAGCAGAAAUAGCUGAAGACAAAAAAGCUUACCUAUACAAAACAAUAUCCGCAUUAACAGAAACAAAAGAUGCUAUUCUCUGGAAGAAUAGAGAUCUAGUAAAAGAUCUAAAAGAAGAAUAUGGGUAUGCAACUAAUCAAGUACUAAACUUAGAUAGAAAAGAUUUUGAAGCAAUACAAGA